UGCCUGGUUUUGACGUCUUCCCAAAUACACGCCACCUAUCACUUGCACACCCAUCUUAAUCGGAUAGUGAAGGAGCGCUUCAGUGUCCAACGACUACCACCCUUACAACGGUACGAUUAUGGGUUUUAGACAGGGCGCAGUACUGGCCUCCUGCUCCUUCUUCCUGGGUGUACUUUUCAUUUGCUUCUUCGUCGACUACCGGAUCUUGCACCAGCCAUUGACCGACGACAUCAUCGAAGAUGGCUUCCAGUUCUACGCCACCUUCUUCAAUGCUCCGCCUGCAAUCAAAGCUCUCUUGCAUGGCUUCAUAGGCGUUGGAAUUCUUGGCCUCGUUGCGAAGUUGCAUGCUUGGAAUGAUAGCGCUGUCCUGUUCGACGGCUCAAGCCUCGCUGCGUAUGUUUUUGCAGUUGCGGUUUACCUUUCUGUGACGAUUCCAUCGUUGCGCACUAUCGUGACCCCUGCCGAAGCGAACACGCGGGCAGAGAGGAUCGAGGCAAUGAAAAUUUUGGCUGCUGGUAACACUAUUAUGAUGGUGAUCCUCGGUGCAGUUUUGGUGUUGCAGGGUGGACAAGAAUACGCCCGUCGGCUUGAACUAAAUGAACUCGCAUCGGCGGAGAAGGCUGAGAAGGAGAAGCAAUCGGCACCAAUGGAUGCUAGCCCGAAAGACAAGAAAGAGUAGCCUUGCAUUAUUUUUGUUAGUUGCUAAGUCUCGGAUAAGUCCUGUUUUGUAGUUAUCCGUGAUUUGAAAUGCCUCGGAUGUCGACGCCACCACGCUGGUCAGGAAGUCGACUGAAUGGAACAUCGAAUUGAAUUGCCAGUCGAA